CUAGUACAUGCCAGCCCCUGCAAGUAUGUAGGUAGUGGCAGGAAAUUUCUAAUCAGAGCUGCUACCUACUAUUGUACCAUAGGUAUCCAUCGUCAGUUGCCCUUCCCUCUCAAUACAUCCAAAUAGCGAGUAGGCUCAUUGCUCCCCCAAAACGUUCAUCAUGACGGUGAUAACUGAGCCAGAAGCGCUGCUGUCACAUCUUCACAGGACAGAUGGCUCAGCGACUUAUUCCUACGCAGGGUAUACUGUGGUUGGUGCGGUGAACGGUCCUAUCGAGUCGCAGAAGCGAGACGAACUCCCAGAAGAGGCCAUCAUCGAUGUAAUCGUACGACCCGCUGCUGGGGUAGGAGGUAUGCUAAAACCCAUCAUAUUCCUUUGUGUUUCGAUGAAGAUGAAAGUUGAUGAUGAUGGCCUGACUUUUUUCAACUGUCCCUGUGCAGGCACACGCGAGCGCCAUCUCGAGUCCUUAUUACAAUCAACCCUCCGCCAAGUUAUCCUCAUCAAUAACUUCCCUCGCACUCUCAUCCAGGUUAUACUGCAAAUCACAGUCACUCCAGAAAACGAAUAUACAAAUGGGAAGCUCGUUCAAGCCACCGUGAAUCUCCCUGUCCUCCCCGCCCUCCUACAGACGGCGAUCCUGUCACUGCUCUCAGCCUCCCUUCCGAUGGCGGCUACACUUACCUCGACGUCGCUUGCUAUUGUCUCUGAAGACAGUCAUCGACGGAUCGUAAGCAAUCCAACGGCGCGACAGGUCGAGCAGUCCCAGUCCUUCCAUGUACUAGCAUUCACCUCUCAAAACGAACUAAUCCUCGCAGAGAGCGAAGGAGUUUUCACUAUGAAGGAAUGGAAUGACGUUUAUCGCGCGGCCCACGAGCAGUGUUGUACUACCACAGCAAUUGAUGAUACAGACGCUCGUAUGCAUGAAGGGCCCAUUGGCGCCGACCUGAAGCGUUUCGUUCGCUCCACAAUCGAGCAGAAAACCGCUUCGGAUCUAUACUGGAAAUGAGCGAGGUUCUUGGUCCCUACGUCUCUUCAAUGUGGCUCCAAAAAUCCCCUCAGGUUACCUGUGCGUAGCGACUUAUCUAACCCGAUCAAACUCUAGCCUUUACAUGAUGUCCUUCCCAAGGUCCAGGGGUUGGAACUGCAAUAACAACCCCAUGUUCAUGGGUGUUACUGAUUCUCACAUAUAAACACGGGAAUUCAGCCGACAUUAGACAAGCUAU